AUGAACGUUGACGAGAAGAAGGGAGGACCAAACGGGAGUGAAAUGCAGGAUCAGUCGAUUGCGAAGUACAGAGAGAAGUUCAUGAGGAGAGAGGAAGUGGUUCGUGUCAACGUGGUGAUGGACGUGGAAGAGGAGAAGGGUGGACCAAACGCGAGUGAAGUGCGCAUCAGAAAAGGAGGAAGCCUCGCACUAAGCUCAUUCCUCGACAAUGUCAGCUUUUUUGCAAUGGCCGGAUUUCAAAAUGAUGCAUUACUACUCAAAUAUCAGCCCAAAAGCCCUUUGAAGAAGCGCCUUUCACAGGACAUCUAA